UGGCAUGCUAAUCGAUCCAGAAGAAGAAAAAGAAGAAAACCGGAAAAUACAACAAUGCCUGACAGGACAACAAGAGUAGGAUACAUAAAUUGCAUAACUCAGACUUUUGCGUAUGUUAUUUAUGUAGAUGACGUCUUACGCGAAGAACAACGGUACAAUGUGCAGGAAUGAUUUAUAUUAAUGCCCCGCAAAGCCAUUAAGGCGGAUAAGCCUGCCCUGCAAUUCCUCGAGCGGCCUGUGGGUGGAACCAGACUUCAAAAUGUCCCUGAGGUCCGAGCUGCAGUCAAUCCCAAAGAAUUUUUCUCAGAGACACAAACACAGCCCAGUCCAGAUCUUAAUUCGUGGGUAAACCCACAGUUUGACUACUCAGCUGCAGCUGCACCUCCGAAAAGACGAGGGAGGAGACAAUGCCAGACUGCCACAACCUUACUUGACCGAUGCAGUCAGUUGCCUAAAAAAACCAGCACAUGCAAAUACCCCUCAUUGUCAUUCCACAUUGGGUUAAAGGACCAGUCUCAAAAACAAUUAAGGAGUGCAAGCGCAACAAAAAGUGCAGUAUCAGAAGUCAAAAAUCAAGCUUGGAAAUCUGUUUGCCGCAGCAAAAGGACUGUGUCAAAUGGAGGUUACUCAGACACUCCAAAAAGGCCGUUGGCCACAAUUAGAAAAAGGAAUGCUGAAACACGUUCUGAGGGUGCUGCCUCCCACACUAGAAGUUUGGAUCAACCUGGAAUUCAAUCUAAAGAAGUGGCCAACAGAUGCAAAAUUCCAGCAGAGGGAGCCUCAACACCUUCCUCCACCAAGUUGAUACCCACAGAGGUCAACAGUGUCUGCCCACCAUCUGAUGUGGACACUCCGAAAAUGAUGUGGGAAGAGGUAAACUGUUACUUCUCUUCCCCUGGACUUUUACUGUUGGCUCAGCCAUGUACGCCACCAUACAGCGGCCCACCUGAUACCUUGGUGGCUGACACGCCGGAGAGGGAUUAUGGGCUGAAGGUGACGUGGAGGAGGAGAAAAGGUUUGAUGUUGAUGUUAAAAGAAAGGGGUCACCUAUCUGAAUUUGAUGCACUUAUUCAUUGCUAAAAAAUUUCUUCUUUUUUUUACAUUUUCAAAUAGUUGCUAAUUAAUUUUUGAUAGCCAAUAAAUUAUGCUUUGUUGCUAAUCUAAAGCUGUUAAUGAUAAACUUGGUGAUCAUCAGAAAUUGUCUGUGAUUCAAUGUAUACAUUACUGGUGUUUAUCACUAAUAAAUCACGAUAAAACAGA